AGGCCGCGAAUCCUUUUCUGGAGCUCCCUGUAGCCAUUCUCCAGCAGUCGGCAUCUAAGGCAGUGCCUCGCCAAGCCCUCUCCCAACUGCAGCAGCGGCUCCCUCUUGGUCCACGUCAGAUAGCCGCAGGCUAUCAUCGCCAUUAUCCGGUAACGUUCGUCAGAUUGAAGGCCCACUGCAGCACCAGCCUGUCCCUCAUAUAGCUCUCGAUGUACAUGAACACCGGAAAUGUGCAGGGCAGCAGAACAAUGAGCAGUACAUUCAGACAGGCCGUGUAUGUGAGGUAGAAGCGACGUUGAUGCGAUCGCUUACUGAAGUGAAUGCGGUUCAGGUCCAGAUCCAGGCGCAGAGGAGCCAGGAGCAGGCCACUGCCCAGGCCAUAACUAUGAAAGGUUUUCAGCAGCAAGCCGAUACUCAUUGCAUGAACUACCUCGGGGGACGGCUGACUCGCAAUUGAAUUCGAAGGAAGCCUCCCCACUGUGAUAGAUAAUUGGGAUGCGAUACGGUAACUGUCAGACCAUCAGAAUCUCAUCGAUGUGUAUCCGACUUUUAGCUAAUUAAUGCUCGUCCCUACUCAUGCGGUGCGCGAUGGAGCCCCAGAGUAGUUGGUUGGCGGCUACCUCAACAACAUGUUGCAUCCGAAAUUCGGUCAGGCUCUGCGUGUUGCGUACUACCCCGCGCUCGUCUUUGGCCUGAUGGGGACCACCCUGCAUAUUCGUGGCAAUAGCCGGCUCAUCCGCGUGGAGAAGGCUUCUUGGAUAUAUCUGGCCUACAGUCUCGUCAUCAGCGGCGGUCUCCUGCUGGACACCUACUUUAUGGUGCCGAAGGCCAUCCUGGAUGGCUACAUUCACCACAACAUUGUGCUGCAGUGGAACUUCUUUUUGAUGCUGGGCAUGCGAAUAGUGGCUAUUGUCUGCUCCUAUGGUCUCGUCCAGCAGGACCUAGAGAAGCUGCAACUCUCACUGACAAGCCUUUUCUGGCGACAGACCAUUGUGGUCUAUGGAGCUCUGCUCUGUUCGGGUGUCGUUCAGUAUCAACUGCUCAGCGUGAUUAACCGUCAGAGCUUGACGGCCCUGUGCGCAAGGUUAUCCCAGAUCCUGCACGUCCUGGCAGUCAAAAUGACCUUCUAUGCGCUGCUCCUGAUGCUUGAUCAUCAGUUCUAGGCGGUGCUCCUGGCCCUCACGACUCUCCAAAGCCGCAAAGGUGGAAAACAGAAGGCAAAGGAUCUACGCCGCAUAGCUGCCCUGCAUUUGGACACAUAUCACCUGGCCAGGCACUUCUUUGGCCUGUACGAUGUUGCCAAUGCAAUGUUGUUUAUGAAUAUUUGUGUGACCACCACGAGCAUCCUGUACCAUGCCGUGCAGUACAGGAACCAGUCAAUACCAUCCGACGGCUGGGGUAACCUCUUUGGCAGUGGCCUUGUUUUGUUAAACUUGUGCGGGACUCUGAUGCUCAUGGAAAAGCUCGAUCGCGUGGUCAGCUCGUGCAAUGUGGGCCAGGCCCUUUGACAGUUUAGCGAUCUCCGGAAGAUCAGCAAAGAACUGCAAAUGGAGUUGGAGAUUUUUUCUACUCAGGUGCAUCGUAAUCGUUUGGCUUACAAAAUCUGCGGCCUUGUGGAGGUCAACAACUCGGCCUGCCUCAGCUACAUUGGUUCCAUUCUCAGCCAUGUGUUCAUCCUUAUGCAGUUCGAUAUAAGGCGCCAGCAGAUGGAAUAGGAAGUCUAAAGGUGGAAUACUGCAGGAAGUAGAUAGCAUUUAUUUGAUACAUGUUUCGAAUGGUUGUAGUUCAGGCAGGUUUCAGACUGAUGUCGAUGGUGAUUCUGAGUUCAGUUGAAAUUUAUAAAUAGGAAACUGUAAUGCAUACCACAUGUUACUCUAUGUGUCUAUGUGUUUUCUUCAGUGGACUGUAUUGUGUGUGU